CGCUUUCCAAACCCCUUCAAAAACCCUAACCCCUUCAAAUCCGCUCCCUUUCUCCACCACCGAAGAACUCCAUUUGAUCCUCCUCAGGGACCGAGAGCGCAUGGAGGGUGUUCGGACCCUCUCCAUCUCCGACCUUCUACACUUCUCGCGUCCUCUUUCGGGCGCCGCCUCCCUCGGCUCCGCUUUCUCCCCCCCUUCCGCGCCAAAAAGACCCAGGCCUGACGGCCCCGACGAGAACCCCAUCGAACCUCCUUUCGUCUCCUCUGUUCAAAACCCUGACCCUGGAAUCUUCUCGCCCCUGGGUCACCCCGUGCUCCUCAUCGGCACCAUCGACCUGUUUCCGGAGGAUUCUGACCGAUCUCUUGGCUGCCUGAACCAUUGUCUCUCGUUCUCCGAUGGCUCUUUGAGAAUCUGUUGCUACGUUUUGGACUUCGAACUCAAGAUCAUCGGCCGGAAAGUCCAAGUUUUGGCGUGGAACUUCCUCCCAUUUAAGCACGCAAGCGGCGGUGUUCUUGAGGUGAUUCAGUGGAGCCUCGCGGAAGUUGAGACGGCAUCGGAUUGCGACCCCUCACUGUCGAUUCCUUUGGGCUGCUCGUUGCAAGAAACCGACUUGAAGGCUCGUGGUCGUGCCUUUGGCAUUCUGAGAGCGGUCAGCCCCAUCUUCCGUGUGCCUUGCGUGAAAGGAAAUGAGGAUAGUCAGAAGAAUUCCAGUGGAAUCCUCAUGGAUAGCGGGAAUUCAAUAGGUUUCUUUGCCGAGAUGCUUACCUGUGGCUGUGAUCGUUGUGGUGGUUCUCGUUUUCUAGAGCGUGGCCCUCACCCUCACGAAGACAAUAACAGUCAUUCUUUCACCAAUUCAGUGUUUAUUUAUUUCAUCAAACCUACAUAUCUAUGGCGCCCAGUGCUCUUUAGGCUGAUCGGGAAGGCAAUUAUGGUUUCGAGGUUGAAGAGGAAAUUGGUCUUUGUUGGAGGUAAGGAAUCAUAUCUGACGUUUGUGUCAACAGCGCUAACUAUGGUGUCCUUGAGUCAGCUUCCUACAGUGAGUCCGGUGAAGACUGACGAAGGCAUGUAUAAUGGAGUUGUUACUGGAAUUUACAUGAAUGGCAUGGUGGUUGAAUUGGACGAUAAAGUCUGGCUUUUGAUUACUGAUUCAGUGGUUGCUCCACAACAUUCUUUGAGGGUUGGCGCUAUUGUUUCUGUUAUGAAUUAUCAUUUGGUUCAUGUUAAUUAUUCUUGGCUGAAGACCUUCCUGCUUGGGACAUGCCUCAGAACAUACAUUAGCAUCAAAUCCUUCUCCAUUGCUGACAUCAGGUAUCACUUUAAAUACGAGUCCAACAGCCUACUGGAGAAGUUCAUCGAAUCUCUACUCUUUUCUGCUAAAUUUUGGGUGUUACUUUUGGUCUCUUGCUUUGAGAAAAAAUUUGCUGGGAUAUUUUCUCACAAGGAUAUUUUGGGCUCAGAGAAAAAAGGAGUUGUACAAACUUAUGCAGCUAGAUGUUUGCCUCCAAGUGCCUUCCAAGUACAGCUUGGGUUGUUUAUGAAUUUCUGCAAACAUGGCCAAUGCAAUUUCAGAAGCGAUUUGAACUUCUCGUUCCUUAAAUUGGUAAUACCAAUAUCUAAUCUUACUAGGUGGUGCGAAGAAAUGUGGGUUUCAAUGCCAUCAGAGAGACAUGAUGAUGAUGAAAUAGUUGAGAUGAACCAAUAUUUAGACCAUUUCCUUCCCAGAGGAACUUUAUAUGAACACAUGAUUAGAAGAAUUAUUUCAAGUGAUGAUUUAGGCUUUGUUUUAAUGGGAGUAUUCAAGAUUUCUCAAUGUUCUGGGAGGUUGCAAUUGACUGAUGCAACAGGAAGCAUUGAUGUUGUCGUGCCAGAUUUACCAGUAGAUGUUGAUUUUCAGACCAUCUAUGAGGUCAAAGAUUAUAAACUUGUUAUGGAAGGUUCACCACACCAAGUAGAUCAUCUGCAGUGUCAUUUUGAUGGAUCACUCUCAUGCAGGGCUAUAUUUCAGCAUUUCUCUCAUAAGGAAAAAUCUCAACUUGCAGUUUAUGUUCACUUCUAUGUCAGGGACAUAACCUGGACUAGUUUUCCUCAUCAAAUUCCUUCUUACAUGGACAAGAAUCACGUCAAUUGCAGUAAUGAUGACAUGUUUCAUCUGUUUCUUGUUACUCACAAAUUUCCUGUCCAUCAGAGUCUUCAAGAUGAUCUCAGUUUUUCAAACAGCUCUGGUUUGUUUGCUGAGGCUUUGAUAUUGCCUUAUAAUUUGAUACCUAUUGAGACAUAUGAACAUGGUGAACUUACAGAAGUUUUCCUCAACAAUCAAAAUAAACUAUCUGAUUGUACUGGUCAGCUGAAAGACUCAAUUGAAGGAUGGUCUAAACAGUCUAAACUUAUUCAAGCAUCAAAUAUUGUCCAACAUUCUGAUUCAGUGAAUGUUUCAAGAGAGUUCGAGAGGUCUUGCCACCUUUGUUGUUCACUCACAUUUAGAAGUAACAACUGUAAAUGGUCUCAGUUACCAGUUUAUCUAUAUAAUGCUAAUGGGAUUAUAAUGAAGGACAUAUUUCAUAAUCAGAGUGAUUCGAGGGUAUUGCUAGAAUUUGGAUCUAACAACUUUAGCAAGUAUCAGAUGAUUCGUGUAGGUUCAUAUUAUCUUCUGAAGUGCUCCAAGAAAAAUUUGCACUGCAAAUCAAAAGGCUGUGAACAUAUGAUACGUGGAAAAGCUAUUCUGAUCUCUGAGACAAGCCUCUGGAGUCUUUCAUUUUUGUUUGGUGAGGAUAAACAUCAGAGGAAAUCAUCUGGAGAUGACUGUUCUCGUGCUUCUUCAGUAAAAAAUAUUGAAGAUGGUCCAAACAAAUUUUGUCAGCAUGAGCAAAUGUUCCUGCAGUUCAUUGAUCAAACACGUCAACUUUCAGAUGUUUAUUUGCAUAUAUCUACUGAAGCAAUGACGCAGUUGGAAGAAUUAGAGCCAUCACAACAGGGUUUAAAUAAUCUCCUUCCUUCUCUAGAUGAAAUUAAAAGUGUGUCAUCAUGCAUCCAAAACAUGAUGUCUGAGGUUGCUAUGCCUGCUGGAAUUAUUAAUCAACUGAACAACGAGUUGCCACAAGGAACUCAAAUAUCAUUAAAUGGAAAUGUUGAGAACUUUUUUAUUUAUGACUGCAGACCUAGAUCUUGUGUGAGCUCUAGUUGUGUGGCAAAUUGUAACCAGUGGAGUACAUGCAAAGUUUGUAUUUAUGUAACUGAUGAUUACAAUAUGGUGCGAGUUCGUGGUAGCUUAAGCAGAUAUGCUUAUCCUAUUGGAUUGGGACCCGGAGCAAAUGUGACCUUUCACAGAGUCCUUUUGAUGCACACUUCCAGCAGAUGGCAUGAGUUGAUGUUAACCCCAGUGUCUUUUAUUGUGGUUAACUCGGUAAAGGAACUUGAUAAUCAACAAACUGACAGAAGUCCAAUACAAGAAUCCAGAUGGAAUAUUCAGUGUGAGGAAAUAUUAGAUACGAUUUCAUUAGUUUCAAUCUCACAGAUGCUGAAGUGUAUGAACAGUAAGCCAAUCCGGCUACGUUGCAGGGUCGUGACUAUUGUUAUCUUAGUGCUGGAGAAUCAAACACAUGGAUCUGUUGAGCUGCGAUGUGGAAGAUUUUUCAAGAUGCGAGCAGCAAGUAUCCCACUAGCUGGAUUUUUAUUAGAUGAUGGAUCGUCUUUGUGUUGUUGCUGGGCUGACAAUGGUCGAGCUGAGGCACUGCUUAGGCUACAUGAAACAACUCGAAAGUCUUUCUUGACUAGCAGCAAGAUAUUGAAAACGGCUGGAAAUCAGGACUUUCAACAUGCUAUUGGUUACCAUCUUCAUAAGAUGCUAAAAAAGCAUCAUAAAAUUGUCAUUAGGAACCAUGGAGCAACAUCUGACUUGUCCUGUGAAGAUUUAACAUUUUCUGUUGACUCGCAUAAAGUUUUCAGUAAUGCAGACGAGAGACUUCUGAGGUCCAUCGUCCUCAAUGCAUGUCAUGCAUCAACUCUUAAUGUUGCUGGCAAUUCAGUGGACUCAACUGCUUUAUUCUGUGGCAAUUUAUUCUGCGGUAACAAAGAGUUUCUCGAAUAUCAUCAAAAACUUCAGUCAAUGCCACAUUUGUGGGUUGGAGAAGUUGGCCAUGUAGAUUCAGUGAAAGAGGUUAGAAGCAUAUCCAAUAUUCUAUGCACUGGCUAGCAUCAAUUUCACUAUAUCUGGAGUUGUUGGUGGUCCAUGGUAAAGUGGAUUUGAUAGCUGAUUGAAGGAUACAGAAACAUCCAGAAAGUUGGCCUUCUGGUUCUUGGAGAGGCAGCUCACAUAUGGGAUUUUUCUUGCUUCGAAACCACCAGCCACAAACAUUGAGGUGUGCCAAACCCAAAGAUCAGUAGGUUUGGAGAUUUGUUGCAAGGUUGUAGAUCACCUCCAUCAUGCUGCUACAGAGUUAGCAAGACAAUCUUGGACAAGCUUUUGACCAUAUUCCUCGCCUUCUAUCUCUAGCCAUUUCUCAACUUCUAGGAAUACUGGGCACAAAUCCGGUAAUAAAUUUGGUUUUCAUGUUCAGAAUAUGUCAGUAGGUUAAGAAAAGGCAGUUGAAAAUGAACUGGGGAUACUAUGGAGGAGGUUUAGUUGACAUUCUUCUACUUUUUUGCAAUGCUAGCUAUGUAUUUGCCUAGAUAGCUUCUUAUAUUAUCAAUCAGUUUUUCAUUUUGUUGUAGCAAAAUUAUAAUGCCACCUGGAAAUUCUUUUGUAUUGUCUUCUAAAAGAUGUUUAUUCUAAGCAAUUAUCAAAUCGUUUACCACAGUGGUUUAAAUAGGUGUCCGGGUGCUCGCCUAGGCACUUCGGUGAGGCGAGGUGAGGCUUGAGUGCCUCAAAGCUUGACUAAGUGGUGCCCUUUAGUGAAGCGUCGCCUGGGCACUUGCCUGCUGAGUGUCUUGGGCAAGCGUCCAAUUGAAACAAAGCAACCGAACCAAACAAUCAAGUUUGGUUCGGUUGAACAAUAGCUUAGUUGGUUCGAUUAAUCCAUGGGCCGCCUUGGGCGAGCGACCGAUGGAAACAAAACAAUCGAACCAGACAAUCAAGUCUGGUUCGGUUGAAUAAUAGCUUAGUUGGUUCAAUUAGUGUUGUUAAACUUGCACACUCAAGCCCCUCGCGACCUCCUCCUCCCCCUCGACCCAAAGCUAUAAACCCUACUUCAUGCGCAGUCGCUGACUUUGUCGUCAACGGACGGGUUUGAAGGUCUACCUUUCGUGCAUAGUUCCCUUCACCAUCGUUGCUUCCAUGUGCAACUCCUUCCACUAUUGAGGGAGAGGACCAAAGCUUCCUCCACCAUCGACAGAUACAUCCGAAGCUUCUUCCACCCACGACAUCGUCGUCCACAGCUUUCGUCGUCCGCUGCCACCAUCCGAAGCUUUCUCCGUUGUUGCUGCUGUUGUCCAUAGCUUCCUCCGUCGUCGCUACUGUCGUAUGCAACUUCCUCUGUCGUCGUUGCUAUUGUCAAAAACUUCCUCCGUCGCUAUUGCUACCAUAUGUAGUUUCUUCCAUCGUCAUUGUUGUCGUCCCAAUUGUUGCCCUCUCUUUCCCCAUUUUCCAUCGUCGGUAACUCUUUUCUCUCUUUUAAUUAUUAUUAACAGUAUAUUAAAUACUAUUAAUAGUAGAUCAGUAGUAUUAUAUACUUUUUAUAUUUUUAUAUUUCAGGGUGUCUCGCUUCGCUCGAGUGUUUUGGUGCAUAACGCUUUUUAAAUCACUAGUUUAUCAUCUUCAAUAUAUUUGCAUUCGGGGAACUUUUCAACUAACAUAUUAGUUUUCCUUGUGCUUUUUACUUCAUGUUUAGCUUUUUGUCUGCAGGUUUGUACUCUGUUGUAAAUUUGUAUCUCAAAAAGACAUCAUUUUAAAUGAUAUUGUGAAUUCAUGGUUUAGUGCAUGCAACAGGUAUGUCACGACGCACUCUUUGAUGUUGAGAUUUGAGUGAGUGACGGACACUAAAUUUAGCUACUUACCUGUGUAUAAGAACAGAAAAGCCAGUGAAUGAUAUGGAAGAAACUGUGUUAAGGCUGUAAACAAGAGGCGCAUUGGGUGUUCGUAUUUUAUUUUUGCUGCCAAUAAAGUGUUUAAAUUUCAGAUUUGGAAUAAAAUAUGCUGAAUCCGUCCAAGAAGUGGAAGCAGAAAAGAGCUGCACCAUAAUAGGUGCCACCUUUUUAGAAAAUAAUAGUCUGAAUGUAGUAUUAUAAUGUCUGAGAAAGCUCUACAUUUUCUCAUUGAAUAUACAAGAGUCAGGAACAGACAUUUAUUUCUGUUUUCAUUUACAUUUUUGUGCUUAAAGUGCACUUGUUGUCAUUAAAUGUGCCCUUCAAGCAUGCAACACAAAAUUGCUACAUGUUACAAAAUAACUUAUUGAACUGAUACAGUACCGAUUUGUAUUCCAUAUUGAAUAAAAUAUAAAGAAUAUAAAAACUUGUAUUUGAUUUGUUAUUUGGUAGCUUUGUUGGUAACAUUGUGACAUGGACAUGAGAGACUGUGUAGUCUGCUUUCCAAUUGAUUCUUGGGUUCCGGAGGAUACUUCUUAGCAGAGAUAUCAACCUGUCCAAACCUGUGGACAUGGCUAUAUGGUUCCAAAGAUUGCAUCAAGAACAGGUAUACUGAGUGAUGCUGAGGUUACUGUUCGACAUUGAUAUGUGGCUUUCGUUCUCUAUCCUCUCCAUUAAAGAACAAACAGGAUGAAUAAUUCUCACUAUUUUCCCUGUCAUUCUACAGGCUUCAUAAGGAUGCUGAGAUCAUUUGAGUUUGUUUCUUCUUGCAUAUCACAAAGCUUUACUGUAGCCAGUGGAGGAAGAAGUGAUGGAUCACAAUCAACAGUGAGGGAUGACAAAAGAGGAACAAGUUUGUUGCAGAUGGCGUCUUGUUCUUGGGGUGUUGGAUUCCAUCUCUCACUGCAGAUGGUUCCUCCAUUUCCCUUUUGUACUCGGUACUGUCUUGGACUUCUCUCUAAUUCUUGCAGAUGAAUGUUUUCGAUCAGUUUCGAAGCCGAAAACUUAUGGUGGUGCCAAAGAAUUCAAACACUAGUACAGAUUCAGACCUGAAUGUUUCCAGGUUUCGGAGUGAUAUGCCAUUAGAACACUCGGAUCUCAUCUCCGAUUGUAUUCCUUGUCCCAGUGUCUACUGACACCUAAUUCAAUUCCCAGCUUAUUAACUAUGUGAUGCGGGAAGCAGUUGGCACGUCCUGACUUCUGAAACAAAGGAAGCAAUCUUGAUCUGGUGUUGCUUCAUUACUUCCCUUUGUGUCCAGUCCAUUUGAGACUGAUGUUUUAUCUUCAUUUUGGAACAUCUUAAAUGUUAUCUGAACCUGUUCUUCUGUUGCUAAUACUGCCACUCCUAUUGAUUUCUAACAUGUAAAAGCUCAAACCCAUAGUUGAGCACAACUCUUAAUAUACAAGUGAUCUGCAGACCUCGAUGCUUAAUAUAGAAGUGUUUUGACUUCUGAUGCAUGAAUUUUGAGCCAAAAACUGAGAAGUGAAACAAUAUUCCUAUUACAAGUUCAGUUCUCCAUCUUCCUACUGUAUUUACCUGUUUGAACCAUUGGAGAUGAACAGUUGAGCCCUUUGUACAUUCUG